AAGUAACAUGGACAAUACGACAUAAACACACAGUUUAAAAUUGACAAGGUCAAUGAGAGUGCCUCAAUUGAAUUCACGAUGGAAAACGCGAAAAAAACCGAUUUAUACAGAGAAACGCCCGUUAGGUAUCUAGGGUACGCCAAUGAACUGGGGGAGGCUUUUAGAGCCUUUUUGGGCUCAAAAUUAGUCAAUGUAACAUAUGGAAUCGCCAGUUUAUACGUCCUUGCUGACACGACGGAUAAAAGUAUACAAGCCCACAAGACACAUUUCGACGAAAAAAAUCACGUGAAAAAAGUGAUAUUCACCACAGCUGACACGUUAAUAUGGCAAUUUUUAGCUUCGGUGAUUAUACCGGGCGUUACGAUAAAUAGAGUGUGUGCGACAUCGAAUUAUUUGUUAAAAAAAGUGGAAAAGCUGCCGAAGAAUAACAGAAAAUACCUCGUUACUGCAAUUGGUUUGGUGACUAUACCAUUUAUAAUACAUCCCAUAGAUAACAUGGUGGAUGAUCUGCUGGAUGUUAGUUUAAGGAAAUUCAAACCGGAAUAAACAGAGUAGAAAAAGAUAGUUCAAAUAGUUAAAGAGCAAUUUUUGCCAAAUGUGUAUUAUUUUUAAUACACCCUGUAUAUUAACAUUCCUAGCUGCCUAAAAUUUGUGAUAUUAUUUUAAAUAAAAAACAAUAAUAUUUA